GGAUUCAAGAAGGUUCUGAGGAUCUGUUGCUAGGCCAAAGAUUUCAGAAUGUUCCAGCUCAGUCUUCUCUGUUUCAACUGACCAGCACUAAUUUGACCAUUUUUAUUCAACGACUUAACAAGACCCCAUAUUAUCUUUUCCACUUGCAAAGUAAAAGGUGAGAUUCAUCGUAUGGCAGCAUAUGGCUUGGACUGUCUGCACUCUACUUCCACAUCCACUGACUGAAUUACAAGGUUAGGUUUGACUGGAAUUCCUUCUGCAUCUGUACAUCAUGUCCAGUGAUCCUCCCCCUCCAUACCCUGGGGGUCCCAGUGCCCCAUCAGUUGAUGAGAAGAAUGGACCUGUGUCAGGUUCUGCCCCUGUGACCUCUGUACCCAUUCAGGGUCAGCCCCAGCCUCCCGACUAUGGUCCACCUCCAUACGAGUCGUCUUUUCACCCAGGCUUUGUGCCACCUCAUGUCCCAGGUGAUGGCCCAGAGCCAAUGCCUAUGCCACACCUACAUGGUGGUUUUUAUCCAUCACCAGGUCAUCACCAUUUUCCACAGAUGGUGCCAGGGCAGUUUGGUUCAGGGCCCGGUCGUUUUGGCCCUGCUGGAGGGCACACAGCCACAGUUAUUGCACCUCCUGGAGCAGCCACUACAGUGACUGUGCUUCAGGGUGAGAUGUUCCAGUCAAGUCCAGUGCAGACAGUGUGCCCACACUGCCAGCAGGCCAUUAUCACACGCAUUAGCCAUGACAUCGGCCUCAUGAACUCACUUUUUUGCCUAUUCUGCUUCUUUGUGGGGUGUGAUCUUGGAUGCUGCUUGAUUCCUUGCCUGAUUGAUGACCUGAAGGAUGUAACGCACACCUGCCCCUACUGCAAUGGCUACAUCUACACAUACAAACGCAUAUGCUAACAAUGUGAAAUCAGUUCACCUACAGAGUUCAUCCCAGUGGGUGUUGUAGCCCUCAUCUAUUUUUGCAUCAUAUGUCGUGUUUCAGGUAGCCCCCUUAAGUAGCAAUGUCUUCAUCUCCUGUGUAUAUUUUGCAUUAUAUAUUGUACAUACUUGCGGAAAUGACUACUGUAUGUAGUACUGUACUUAAUUUUACUUAUGAGCUUAUGAGACCUCUUUUAACUGAAAAUGACUAAUGGUAGACUGAAGUGAUCAUGCCUAGAAAAUCUUUGCACAAUAAUGUACUCAGCUUUAAGUGGAUAUUGAUGUCCUGGCUGGAUUGCCCACUUAAAGCGUAAUCUGUGAAAUUUGUCCGAGAUGAUUAGAAAAUGCAGGGUCAGUAUUGUUUUAUUUAAAAUAUUUUAUUUUUGAUUUUAACAUGGUUAGUAGAGACUGAGUGUAAAUAUAUGGUCUGUUAAUGUUUUGUGUCUUGUCAUCAUCUUAUUGUUUUACCAUGCUGCACAGUGAACACUUUAUUAACACAUUCUCUGACAGAUUACAUUGAAAGUUUUUAUUGAUUGGUUCAGAUCAGAUCUUAAUGUAAUAAUUCCCAAACAUCUGUUACAGUAUGAAAGCAUCAAAUAGUAUAUCUUAAAGACAUUUCCAUAAAUGACAUCAAAGAACAUUCAUUGAUAUGAAUAAUAAACACAUUUGAUGCAA